CAGAGGAAGCAUCGGUGGAGGAGCACGUGGGUGGGGAUCGCCGCGGCCCUUUUAAUUCUCCUAUUCCUUCUCCCUACGGCUCUAAAGCUCUUGCCCCCGCCCAGCUGCCGCAGAUCAACUGCCGCCGCCGCCAAACCUUAGCGCUCGCCGAUCGUGUUCCCCGCUCGCCACCGCCCUUAAACCCUCGCGUUGAUGGGGACUGGUUGCGAGUCUUACUUGAUGCUCUCUGUCAACUUUUGAUUUGAUUCAAUUAAUUUUUUACAUCUAAGAAAAAUGGAUCGUUGUGACACAUCGGGCUUUGUUAGCGGAGGUAGUGACUGUUCAUUUUGGAUUCCUUGGAUGGAUAUGUUUUAGAUUGGCUGUUCUAGUUUUCAUCCUAAACUAUAACCCCAUAUAACUGGCAAGAAGUGUUUCUACAAGUGACUGACUGAGAGUUCUGUUGUCUAAGUACUGUCUGUGGUUCUGGUUCAUGGACAAUAACCAUUUCCAUUACACUCCUUCCUUUGCCUCCAAAUCUAAAAAAGUUCAUAGCUUUGAUGUUGGCGCUGGUAAUUCUGAUGUGGACCCCCUUGGGGUUCAUUCUCCUUCUCUGUCAAGUCCUUACUUUGGAGUAAAGAGGAAAUCUGGCACUUUUGAUGGGUUCAUGAAAAAUGUAUCACUCAGUUUGGAAUUAGGCUGUUCAUCAAGUUAUUGCCUUCCUUCAUCAAAAGGGAACGAACCAGGACAGGAGUCAUCCAUCUGUCUUGAUCUAGGCAUUGAUCUUAAAUGGGGCAACAAUACAGAUCGAGAUAAAGUAAAUGCAUCUACACUAGAUAAUAAAAGGCCCAAAUUGGACCUUGAACUGAACCUUUCAACCGGUCUAACCGAAUCAGAUACCACCACUGUCACCCAACUUGUGGAUGAAGGAUCAACAUCUUCUAGCUGGAAAUCUAGACCUCCUUUGCUAACGUUGGAGAUAAACCCACCAUUGCCAAAAUGUUCAACUAGCACUACUUCCGGGUUUGAGGCCCCACGGAGACGUAAUGCAAGCACAAGAACUUGCAAUUUUGAAGGAUGUGUCAGGGGUGCAAGAGGUUCUUCUGGGCUUUGCAUAGCUCACGGAGGUGGCAGGAGGUGCCAGAGAGAUGGCUGUCAAAAAGGAGCUGAAGGUAAGACGGUUUUCUGCAAGGCUCAUGGUGGGGGUCCGCGGUGCCAAUUUCUUGGAUGCACCAAGAGUGCCGAGGGCCGCACAGACUUUUGCAUCAACCAUGGUGGUGGUCGGCGAUGCAGUCAUCAAGGCUGCACUAGAGCUGCAAGAGGUGGGUCUGGCUUAUGCAUCCGGCACGGAGGCGGCAAGAGGUGCAAGGUGGACGGAUGCACAAAGAGUGCCGAGGGAAUAUCCGGACUGUGCAUCUCGCACGGCGGGGGCCGUCGUUGCCAAUACCCAUCCUGCACGAAAGGUGCUCAAGGGAGCACACAGUUCUGUAAAGCUCACGGUGGCGGUAAGAGGUGCACGUUUCCAGGGUGCACAAAGGGUGCCGAGGGGAGCACUCCGUUUUGCAAAGGGCAUGGUGGUGGUAAAAGGUGCACUCAUGAAGGGUGCACAAAAAGUGUGCAUGGUGGCACUUCGUUUUGUGUCGGUCAUGGUGGUGGGAAGAGAUGUGCAGUGGCAGAAUGCUCUAAGAGCGCAAGGGGCCGUACAAACUUUUGUGUUCGACAUGGCGGUGGUAAAAGGUGCAAGUUUGAAGGGUGUAGUAAGAGUGCACAAGGAAGUACUGAUUUCUGCAAAGCACAUGGUGGAGGUAAGCGCUGCUGUUGGGGGCAGAUGGGAUUCAAGGUCGGCGACAGAGCAGCUGUUGCUGCGUGUGAUAAAUUUGCAAGAGGGAAGUCAGGACUGUGUGCUGCCCAUUGUGCCCAGAUGAUGGAAAUAAAAAUACAAGGCAGUACCCCAGUUGCCCCAGCAUUACAAGUGCCGCCACAAUCCUUCACACUUGGAAGUAUAUAUGGAUUUGCUGCUGGUGGUGGCUUGGCAAGCCAUCCAAAUGGGUCGACUAAUGAUGCUACUCACCCACAAGUUACAUUUGAAGCUGAAAAUGUUUCAAUGAACAAAAUUUCACUUCCAGAAGGCCGAGUUCAUGGUGGCAGCUUAAUGGCGAUGAUUAUGGGAGGUACUAGCAAGGCUAAUCAAGCAGCUAAUGUUCCAUCAGAGCCUGGAAAUGCUUCUCCUCUGCUUCAUAGCUGGGUAUAAGCAUUAUCUCUUCAUGCUGUUAAUUACUCAUUCUGCUUGGUCUGGUUUGGUAGCUUUUUGAUUUAUAGCUUUAAGUUGUUCUAUAAUAAAAUGAUUAUUUUUUUUUAAAAAAAAUAUAGGACUUGGUAAUAAUUGUUACAGGCUCUUUAGCCAAUACGAUGUAGAAAGGUAAAGGUCAAUUUGGUGUCAUGUGUGUCAUGUAAAUAUGCUGCUUUAUAUUGGUACAGUUCUUGUGGAUUUGAUUUCUUUCUGCAUGUAUGCAGAUUUAAUCCAAUAAUUUCAAUCGUGUUUC